GGCGCGGUGGCUGUCUGGCCACGUCCCCGGGCCACGUCGCUCGGUGCCCGCUGAGCUUGCGCCAUCUUCGCUCCCCGGCUCCGGGCUGCUCCGCCGUUCCGUCGCCAUGAACAUCUUUCGCCUCACCGGGGACUUGUCCCACCUGGCGGCCAUCAUCAUCCUGCUGCUCAAGAUAUGGAAGAGCCGCUCCUGCGCUGGUAUUUCUGGGAAAAGCCAGCUUCUGUUUGCACUGGUCUUCACUACCCGCUAUCUGGACCUCUUCACUUCAUUCAUUUCAUUGUAUAACACAUCUAUGAAGCUUAUCUACAUUGCCUGCUCAUAUGCCACCGUGUACCUGAUCUACAUGAAAUUUAAGGCCACCUAUGAUGGAAACCAUGAUACGUUCAGGGUGGAGUUUCUGAUAGUUCCUGUUGGUGGACUCUCGUUUCUUGUCAAUCAUGACUUCUCUCCUCUGGAGAUAUUGUGGACUUUCUCCAUCUACCUUGAAUCUGUCGCCAUUCUCCCCCAGCUCUUUAUGAUCAGCAAAACUGGGGAAGCGGAGACCAUCACUACUCACUACCUUUUCUUCCUUGGUCUGUACCGUGCCUUGUACUUGGUCAACUGGAUUUGGCGCUACUAUUUUGAGGGAUUUUUUGACCUCAUAGCGGUUGUUGCUGGUGUGGUCCAGACUGUUCUUUACUGUGACUUCUUCUAUUUGUAUGUUACAAAAGUACUCAAGGGAAAGAAGCUCAGUUUGCCAGCGUAAGUGCCAAAAAAACAUCACCAGCAUCUGUCCUUUUGGAUGCUUGGACAGAACAAUCCUUAUCACAAGCAAAGGUGAAGAUGCUUGAGACAGAAAGUCAGAAACACAGCUCUUUAUAGUGCAGGUAGUCAUCAGCGGCUCUGUAAGAACGGAGGAAAAACAACCAGCAGAUUUCUGUUUGAUGCAUCUUGCCUUUAUCUUUUUUAUUACUAUGUAUAAAGAUUUUUUACAUAAAGAAACUUAUACUGUAUUAAUAAAUUCAGUGUAUGGUUUCAAUUGGAA